UCUCUCUUCCUAUCUCCCUUUCUUUCUCUGUAUCUCUCUCUCUAUCUGUAUCUCUCUCACCUCUCGUAUAUCUCUCUAUAUCUGUAUCUCUCUCUCUCCGUCAUUCUCUCUCUCUCUCUCUCUCUCUCUCUCUCUCUCUCUCUCUCUCUCUCUCUCUCUCUCUCUCUCUCUCUCUCUGUGUGUUUGGGUUUUAUUUAAUUAUUUAUUUCCUGAUUAACUGCGGUGUUGCUAAUCAAAACAUUGAUGGUCCAGCGCUUCUCCAGCGGUGCUGUCAGUGUGUGAAUCCCGUGAUUAAGCCCGGUUAUCCGCGGUGCAGCGCGCGCUCGCUAUGGCUCGUCCUCGGCCCCGGGAGUACAAGGCAGGAGAUCUGGUUUUCGCCAAAAUGAAGGGAUACCCGCACUGGCCAGCGAGGAUUGACGAGCUUCCAGAGGGCGCAGUAAAGCCGCCGGCAAACAAAUACCCCAUCUUCUUCUUUGGCACCCAUGAGACUGCAUUCCUCGGCCCUAAAGACCUGCUGCCCUACAAGGAGUACAAAGACAAGUUCGGAAAAUCAAACAAAAGGAAAGGCUUCAAUGAGGGUCUGUGGGAGAUCGAGAAUAACCCAGGCGUCAAAUUCACUGGAUACCAGAGCAUGCAGCAGCAGGGCUGGUCGGAGGGCGAGGGGGGUGACGCUGACCCGGCGGAAGGCAGCAGUGGAGCAGAGGAGGGUGACUCCAUUGGAGAGGAAGAGGAUGGAAAAAUGAAGGGGGAAAAAGUCGGAUCCAAACGGAAAAAGACUGUGUCCUCAAAGAAGUCGUCCAAGCUGUCCAGGAAGUGCUCGGGGGACGAGGACGAGGAGAAGGACGGGAAAGAUGACAAGGAGGAAAAGAGAGACGAGGACAACGACAUGCAGAACUCCUCAGACAAGAAAACAUGCUGUCAAGGGAACCAGUUGCUGCGAGAGGAACAUUAGAUCCUGAGGGCUGCCAGAUCAUUCUGUGGUUGUUUAUGUGAUAUUGGAAAUGUAUAAUUGUUAACAUAAUCAAAAUCAUGAGCGAUAGCAUUGUUGUAAAUUCACAAAUCAGAGGACAACUACAACCACUGAAAAUUACUCCACCGCUCAUCACCGGAGCAGAAACAGAAGAUUAAACAAAUAGAUUUAAAGAAACCAUCAGUAGAACUUUUAAAUAUCAAUCAAUAUUUUACAGGCAGACAGUGAAGCCAGUGUGACGUGGCUACAAUGCUACUUACUGUCUUUAAAACAUAGUGUUAUUUCCACACCUCGACCAACAUUAAAUUGUAAUAUAGUCAUCAGAUCUAGCGUCAUUUUUUUAGCUGUAGCUGAAAAGCUGGAGCCGCAAGUGUUUACCAGUGUAACAGUCUCUCACUGCCCCUCCAAACACCCUGAACCUUUACCCUGACCUUCAACUCGACUAAUCAUCCUCACUUCCAACAAAAAGCACUUACACUGAUCUUCAACCCUGACCAUUAAUCUGAAUAUUCACCUUCAACCCAGACUUCAGCAUGACCAUACAUUCCGACCUUCAAUCUUGACUGUUCAUUUUGACCUUCAAUUCUGAUCAUUCACCCUAAGCUUCAGCUUCACUAUUUACUCUCAUCAUUCACCCUGACUUCAACAUGUCCGUUCACCUUGACCUUCAACCCUGACCAUUCACCCUGAUCCUCAACCCUAACCAUCCACCCUGACCAUUCACCCUGAUCCUUAAUUCUGACCAUUCACCCUGAUCCUCAACCCUGAUCCU